GUUGUGGCAACAGUGUACUACCUACCUUGUAUUUAAAACAGUGUUUUUCGGUAAUAAACUUGGUUAAAGCGUAUUACUAUAACAGUGAAGCGCCCCAUUUCGUUUUCAAUGAUAAAACAACUUUCAUAAUAUGGAUCUUACCGAUACUUUAACAACGUGACCAUUUGUUUCCUGUUAUAUCAUGAGUUCAUCAUAUUACACAAGACUUUCCGAAAACCAGGAAACCAAAGUUCCUAAUUAUGGACUCAAGGUGACCUUAAAUCAUACUUAUCCAGAGAAUCGAUCUCAAGGAUAUGUACCUGGUAUACGACAAGCCUGGCCACUGUUGCCACAAGCUUUACGAUACACUUUCUAUUAUAUUUUAGACUAUAUCAGAAAAAAACCUGUUGUUAUGGAUUUCAUCUAUCCUUUAAGAUCUAAAAGGAUAUAUGGUGUACCAAUUGGAGGCAUUGGGUGCGGUACCAUCGGAAGAGGAUACAGAGGUGAAUUUUGCAGAUUCCAAAUGCAACCAGGUGUCUACGAAUAUAAUACAGUUGACGCAAACCAAUUUAUGGUUACCAUUAAAGACAGCCACCAAGAGACAAUCUUCCAUAGCUUAUUAUCAACAUUCCAAAAGAAAAGCUUAAACACUUGGGAAAGUUUAAUCGAUGGUUCUAAAUGCUUUUACACCGGAUUAUACCCCAGAUCAUGGACGGAGUACGAUUUGUCCAAAUUCGGAGUUUUACUAACUUGUAGGCAAAUUAGCCCCAUCAUUCCUCACAACUACAAGGACAGUUCUUUACCGUGUACCAUAUUUGUGUGGGACAUUCAAAACAUUGGUCACGAAGAAAGAACCGUAACAAUUGCAUUCACUUUCAAGAAUGGUGUGGGAAAUAAACACAAAGACAGAGCUUCAACUUGCAGCUCCACAGACUUCGUUUUCGGUGAAGCAGAAGGCGUGAUUCUUUCUCACACCAUUGGAACGACGCCAUGUUCUUAUAUUCUGUCAGCAAGGGCCAAUCCUGACGUUAAAAUUUCGAAAUGUCUAUACUUCGACCCAAAUUCACCUGGAAGUGCACCUUGGUUCCAAUUAAAAAAUAAUGGUUGUUUUGAUACUAGAAGCAAGGAGGUUGAACACAUUGUUGGAGAAAUGGCUUGUGGCAUUGCUACAAAAGCGUUAGUUCGUCCCGGUAGACCUGUUACUUGUGAAAUGAGUUUGGUUUGGGACAUGCCGGUGGUCCACUUUCCGAAGAAACUGAAGGAAUAUUCUAGAUAUUAUACGAAGCACUUUGGCAAAGAAAAUGCUGGGGUGAGGAUUGUUCAUUACGCUUUUGAGAAUUAUCCACGAUGGGAACGGGAGAUUUACAAGUGGCAGAGUGAAGUUCUCGAGGACAGGGAUUUGCCCGACUGGUAUAAAUCGGCGUUGUUUAACGAAACGUAUUACGUGAGUGAUGGUGGCAGCAUUUGGGUAACUUUGGACAAAGGAGAAACCCAAAAUUUACCCCAAACUGACCCAAGAUUAGAAUUUGGAAAAUUUGCGCUUCUGGAGGGUCAUGAAUACAAAAUGUACAAUUCCUAUGACGUACACUUUUAUGGGUCCUUCGUGUUUGUUGUGAACUGGCCUCACUUGCAGUUCGUGGUGCAGUAUGACAUGCGAGAUGCCAUUUUUAAUGAAAUUCCAGAUAAAAGAAAAUCGUAUGACGGUGAAGAAUUUGAACGGAAGAAGUCUAACACGAUACCACACGAUAUGGGCGAACCUGGUGAAGAACCCUUCACUCUAAUAAACUGUUAUCCAACACACGACGUGAGUCAUUGGAAGGACCUAAACUCCAAGUUUGUGUUGCAAGUGUUCAGAGAUGCUUUCACGGGGUGUUUAGAUGAUGAUUCUGUUCAGUACUUACGAGAUAUGUAUGAAGCUUGUUGCGUAUUGAUGCACAGAAGUGAAAAUUUUGACACAGAUGGUGACGGGUUGAUUGAGAAUUCGGGAAAUGGUGACCAAACUUACGACACUUGGUUUAUGACAGGACCUAGUGCUUACUGUUGUGGUCUUUGGUUGGCUGCUCUUUUCGCGAUGACCAAAAUUGCCGAAGUGUUACACAAACCUGAAGACAAGAGGAGGUUUCAAAUGUUACUGACUAAAGGCAAAUUAGCUUUUGAGCAGAAGCUUUGGAAUGGAAGGUACUACAAUUUUGAUUCUUCGACUGAUGAGGGUUGCAGUAUUAUGGCGGAUCAACUAUGUGGUCACUGGUACUUAAGAAGCUGCGGUUUUGCACACGAGGUGUUUCCUCAAGGUCACGUUCGAAGUACCUUGAAAACAAUUUUCGAAAAUAACGUUCUGUCCUUUUGUAAUGGCAAGAUGGGGGCGGUUAACGGUUUUAAAAAUGGUGCUGUUGAUAAGUUCACGGUGCAGAGCGUGGAAGCAUGGACUGGGGUCACUUAUGCCUUAGCAGCGACAAUGAUUCAAGAGGGUAUGUGGGACGAAGGAUUUCUUACAGCUGGUGGUAUGUAUAAGUCUAUGACUGACCGUUUUGGACUUGCGUUUGAAACGCCUGAAGGGUUAUAUGCUACGGAUUUUUAUAGAGCUAUAGGUUACAUGAGACCGUUAAGUAUAUGGUCCAUGCAUUUAGCCAUUAAGAGUUUUGAAAAAAAUAAGAGAAAACAAUGAGGACCAAAGCAAGGGUAGUUUGAAUACAUUUAACGUGUUACGUUUUUGUACAUUAAGAAUUGUAAAGAGUAAAACAGAGUUAGUUUUUA